GGAGAGUGGACUUUUCCAUCUCCGAGAUUGUCCAUCACCUCAGCGCGACAGAAACGAAGCAGAAGAUCUCGGAAGCCCGUUUUCUCAGAACCCGUUUUCUGGUUUUCAUCCAUUGCUGACGAGCACCUGGCAGUUCAGGGUCUCAUGUGUUGGCCAGGGCAUCGGUGACUUUGAGACGAGAAAGAGCAAAGUGAGUUAUCGAAUUAAGGAAGUGUCUCUCCUUGCAGUCGUUGCUGCAGAAUCUCUCCAGCUCUUCAAGAACGGACUUGAGUCCGUGCCGCACACGUGCCCAGCCAUGGUGGGCCAGCUUGCUUUAGGCUAUUCCUGUUGCUUGAUCGCCAGUGUGGCGUAUGCCGUGAACUAUUUGCCGGUGAAGAAGUAUGACACGGGCGACGGGGUCUUCUUCACGUUUGCCAUGUCCGUGGGGAUUUUGAUGGUGGGAAUCCUUACGGGUGUCUUCUUGAAUAGCGAACCCUUCAACUUCGAACCCUUGGCAGCGCUGGGCGGGGUGAUCUUCACGAUGGGCAACCUGCUGUGCCCCGCAGUGAUCCAGCUGAUUGGAUUGGGCUUGGGUCUGACGAUUUGGGACCUCAGCAACAUGCUCAUGGGUUGGGUCACGGGUCGGUUCGGCCUCUUUGGCGUGGAGAUGGAGAUCUCCCAAACGCCUUGGAUGAAUUACUCCGGCUUGGCGCUCGCCUGUGUCUCCUUGAUCUUCAUGUACUUGGCUGCACGCUACGAUUGCGUGAAGACGACGAAGGAGGUUGAACCUGUUGAAGCGGAUGUGGAAGCACCAGCUGAGGGCGACAAGGAGUCAAGGAACCCAUUGAGAUUGGUUUUGGGUUCUGCAAUGGCGGUGCUUGCAGGCGUUCUGUUCGGAACGAUGUUUGAUUUGCCGCAAGAUCUCAUGCAGGGGAGAUUCGGCCCUUGCCACAGCCGAUGCGCCUUGGACUAUGUCUUCAGCCACUUCCUGGGGAUCUUCGUAGCCUCAGGGGUUGCCUUGUUGAUCUAUGUGGGCGUACAGAGGCAGCAGAGCUUUCUGCCCUGCCAAAUCGUCCUCCCCGCGAUGCUCUCGGGCAUCAUUUGGGCCAUUGGCACGGUGGCCUGGUUCGAUGCCAACGGCGAGCUGGGCUUCUCUGUCACGUUCCCCAUUAUCAGCAGUCUCCCCAGCAUCCUGGCCUUACUCAUUGGUUUCCUCUUCUUCGACGAGCUCAACACGUCGAAGAGUCGCUUCUUUGCGCUGCUGGGCGUGGGCAUCCGCCUCCCUGGGGUGGCACUCAUCGCGUUGAGCCGAGUGUGAUGGAGACCAGACCGGCUUGGAGACUGGGCAGCCCGGUGUGACUAAGUAACGAUGCGCUUGCUACUAGUUGCGAUGCACCUCGUGCAACAAGCCCAAGUUGAAUACACGAACUUGCGGACGGUCGAUCAUGACACGCGCGCCCACGCUCCCCCUUCCCAGGUAUUCUGGGGGGUUGGGGUGGGUGUGAAAAAUGCACCAGAAACCUGUACACCACAUGGUAAAUUCACCAAAUAUGGGCACAAACUCUACUCAC